AUGAAGGUUCACAUAGAAAAGCAAUGCAAGAAAUACCCAUAUAGGAACCAAGACAAGAAGCAAAAAAUUCCGAGUUUCCAAACAAACACUGAAACUGGGAGUAGUCUUGUUGCUAUAGGCUUUAACAAUGAGCAUUGUAGAAAAGCGUUAGCAAAAAUGGUGAUUGUAGAUGAGCUUUCAUUUAGGUUUGUUGAAGGUGAAAGAUUUAAGAAUUUUUGUCAAGUGACGCAGCCUAGGUUCUCUAUCCCCUCCCGUGUUACGAUUGCUAAGGACAUUUACCAACUUUUUUUGGAAGAGAGGAAGAAACUAAGGGCUGAAUUUUGUAAGGGCAGUCAAAGGAUUUGCCUAGCAACUGAUUGUUGGACAUCCUUACAAAAUAUUAAUUAUUUGUGUUUAACUGCACACUACGUUGAUAGUGAGUGGACUUUGCAAAAAAUGAUUAUAAACUUUUGUCAACUUUCAAGUCACAAGGGAGAGGGUGUUGGUAAAGUCAUUGAGUCAUGUUUGCAUGCUUGGGGUAUUGAGAGAGUCUUCACUAUGAUUGUUGAUAAUGUCUCCUCAAAUAACUCCAUGAUUACCUACUUGAGAAGGAAGAUUAAGGGAUGGAAAGGGGUUGUUUUAGGUGGGGAAUUUUUGCAUGUUAGGUGUUGUGCCCAUAUAGUGAACUUGAUUGUCAAUGAAGGUUUAAAAGACCUACAUGAUUCCAUAGCCGUCAUUCAUAACGUUGUGAGGUAUGUGAGGUCUUCUCCGGCUACGUUGCUGAAAUUCAAGUCGUGUGUGGAGCGAGAGAAAAUUGAAUACAAAGGUCUCGUAUGCUUAGAUGUCCCUACUAGAUGGAACUCCACCUAUAUGAUGUUAGAUGCAGCCAUUAAGUUUCAAAAAGCUUUUGAAAGAUAUGAAGAGGAAGAUGACAAGUUUGUGUCUUAUUUUCGGGAAGAUGGGGGGGGGAAACGGAAGAUUGCCCCGCCACUUGAUGAUGAUUGGGAGAAUGUUAAGGUGUUUGUGAAAUUUCUGAAGACUUUUUAUGAUAUAACUUUGAAGUUUAGUGCCACUUUGAAUGUCACUUCAAAUUCUUACUUUCAUGAGCUUUGUGAGAUGCAAAACCAGCUAUCUGAAUUAAGCAAACAAGAGGAUUCAAUGCUUUCAUCCAUGGCUGUGAGUAUGAAAAAGAAGUAUGCCAAGUGUUGGGGGAAUGUUGAGAAUAUAAAUUGUCUUCUCUUUGUGGCUGUUGUACUUGAUCCUAGGUACAAAAUGGAUUAUUUGACAUAUUGUUUCUCUAUAGUGUAUGAUUCUUGCACUUCUGAAACAUUAGCAAAGAAUGUGAAGGAUACUAUGUACCGGCUGCAUGAGGUUUAUAGUGGGGAGAAGGGUGAAUAUGUGGCUAAUGAAAGUAGUGGGGAGGCGGCAACAAGUACAACGGAGGGAAAAACGGAAGUAGAAGGAAAAGGGUGUUUGUAG